AAGGUUAUGAGUGUCGAGUGAAAUAUAAAUUCCAAAAGUUGAAUAAUGUCGACAGGCAUCUCAUUCACAUUAUAGUGGAAACUGUAUUACAAAAUUAAAAAACGAAACUGUGACUUGUGAAUAUACCAUUAAAUAAACAAAAUGACUAGAUUCGCUAGAGCAAAAGGCUCUAAAGCCUCUAACCUUAAAUCUCCUGAAGACAGUACACCAUGGGAAGUGAUGAAAGAACACAUGUUAAAAGCUAAAACUGAUAGUGAAGAAUGCAAAAAACGAGAAGAGGCAGAACAACAAAGAAUAGAAAAUUAUAAUAACUUCCUUAAAGAACAUAAGGUUCAGAAGAGAAAAGCUACAUGGUGUGAUUUUCCGGAAUCUGAAAAUAUAUCAAAACCAAAACAAAAAAUAAAUAAAAAGGAAAAUAAAGAAAAACCAGUAAGCCCACCGGAAGUUGCUGAUGUAAACUGUAAUAACAAAUGUCACAUUGAAAAAAAUGAAAUUACGAAAACCAAAAAAAAAAUAACUUCAGACUUAGAACAUAAGAAUGAAAAUGAUGCCAGCUUAUCAUCUGAACAAAAUGUAUCAAAGAAAAAGCAAAAAAAAAGCAUAAAGAAGAAAGGCUUAUCUGAAUCUACAAUGCAAGUUUCAAAUAGUAGUACGUCUAUAAUUGCCGACAUGCAAAAUAAUCAAUCUGAUACUAGCAAAAGUAUGCAAAAUAUACAAGAUAAAAACCCUAAUGCAAAAAAUAAUAAUCCUAAAAAUAAUAAAUCUGCUUCGUCCAACACAAAUAGCCAAAAUGAAAAUUCAUAUAAUUCUGAGGGUUCAAGGAAACUUAAAAAUAAAACAAAGAAUGGUAAACCACAGAGGAGGAAACCUAUUGAUGACAAGAGUUUCCAACUUAUUAUUAAUGGUAAAGAAGUUGAAUUAGUGAGAUUUGAUGGAUUCCCCAUCAUGAAAAAAGAUGCAGAACGACUUGAAGAAUUAAAAAAGAAUAUGAUUAAGAAAGGCAUACCAAAAAGUGAAGUACAGAGGACAAUGAAGCUGGAGAGGCGGCGAGCUGAAAAAGCCUUGGCUAGAGUUAAAAGGGAAGUGUGUUACAAUUGUAGGAAAGGUGGACAUAAUCUGUCAGACUGUCCUGACCUAAAGGCAAACAUACCAGGUGUUGAUUCAGCUGAAGGCGUCUGUUUCAAAUGUGGGUCUACUGAGCACAGACAGUUUGAGUGCAAAGUACAAAGGGACAAAGAAUUCAGAUUUGCUACAUGCUUCAUUUGUAAAGAAUCCGGGCACAUAGCAAGACAAUGUCCUGAUAAUCCCAAGGGUCUGUACCCUAAUGGUGGAUGUUGUAAAUUAUGUGGAGAUGUUACUCAUUUGAGAAAAGAUUGCCCAACGGUAAAUAACAAAAAAGAAGAGACCUCUAUUAAGCUGCAGACUCUUGAUGACGACAAUAUUGAAGAUUUAGGUUAUCAAGCAAAAUCAGUUGCUCAAGAAACAUUUAAAAAACCUAAAAAGAUAAAUUUUUAAUCAUUGUAUAUAUUAAAACAAAAUAAACGUUUUUGAUGCAA